AAUCUUGCUACUUCUAUUACGGAUCUCCAGCUGGACAGCCAUGUCGAUCGUGCUUUUCUUCUUCGCGCUCAUUUCUUCAGCGGCUAUUCAAUCAUCGGAAUCCAAGUACAUAGCUUACAACACCACUCACAGAAUCGUCCCCGAAAAACUCAACGUCCACUUGGUCCCUCAUUCCCACGACGACGUCGGUUGGCUCAAGACCGUUGAUCAGUACUACGUCGGCGCUAACAACUCCAUUCGAGGGGCGUGUGUGCAGAACGUGUUGGACUCUGUGAUUUCGGCUUUGUUGGACGAUAAGAAUCGGAAAUUCAUUUACGUUGAGAUGGCGUUCUUUCAGAGAUGGUGGAGACAGCAAAGUGAGACUAUGAGGGUUAAAGUCAAGGAGCUUGUCGACUCUGGUCAACUUGAGUUCAUAAAUGGAGGUAUGUGCAUGCAUGACGAGGCCACUCCUCAUUACAUUGAUUUAAUCGAUCAGACCACUCUAGGGCAUCAGUUUAUAAAAGAUGAAUUUGACAAGGUUCCUAGAGUUGGUUGGCAGAUUGAUCCUUUUGGGCAUUCUGCUGUGCAAGCUUACCUCCUCGGUGCAGAGUUAGGCUUCGAUUCCCUCUUUUUUGCUCGAAUUGAUUAUCAAGAUAGAGCUAAGAGACUAAAUGAAAUGAGUCUCGAGAUUGUCUGGCAGGGUUCCAAGUCCCUUGGUUCAUCUUCCCAGAUAUUUGCUGGCAUAUUCCCCAGGCAUUAUGACCCUCCUGAUGGUUUCACAUUUGAGAUCAACGAUGUUUCUCCUCCUAUUCAGGACGAUGUUCUCCUGUUUGACUAUAAUGUUCAAGAGCGAGUUGAUGCCUUUGUAGCUGCUGCUUUCGCACAGGCUAAUGUAACCAGGACAAAUCAUAUUAUGUGGACCAUGGGGACAGAUUUUCGUUAUCAAUAUGCAAACUCGUGGUUCAGGCAGAUGGAUAAGUUCAUUCAUUAUGUGAAUGAGGAUGGGCGUGUCAAUGCAUUGUAUUCAACCCCAUCCAUCUACACCGAGGCAAAACAUGUAGCAAAUGAAAAAUGGCCUCGUAAAACUGACGAUUUCUUCCCGUAUGCAGAUCAUCCAAAUGCCUAUUGGACUGGUUACUUCACAAGUAGGCCAGCCUUGAAAGGUUAUGUUAGGAUGAUGAGUGCCUACUAUCUGGCAGCAAGGCAGUUGGAAUUCUUCAAGGGCAGGAGUAAUUUCGGACCAAACACUGAUGCACUAGCCGAUGCUCUUGCAGUCGCUCAACAUCAUGAUGCUGUUAGUGGUACAGAAAGAGAGCAUGUUGCUGCUGAUUAUGCGAAACGAUUGUAUAUGGGCUAUGCAGAGACUGAGAAGUUGGUUUCCUCUUCACUUGCUUUCCUGGCAGAAUCGAGAUCUAGUAGUAGACAGGGGAACCCAGUCGCAAAUUUUCAGCAGUGUCCUCUUCUUAAUAUAAGUUACUGUCCCCCAUCAGAAGCUUUAUUGUUGGAUGAGAAAAGCAUGGUGGUUGUUGUUUACAAUCCCUUAGGAUGGAGGAGGGAGGAAGUAAUACGAAUUCCUGUUUCUUCUGAGAAAGUUUUUGUUCAUGAUUCUGAUGGGAGGGAUAUUGAAUCUCAGCUCCUACCUUUAUCAAAUGCCACUUUGAGCUUAAGAAAUUACUAUGUCAAAGCAUAUACGGGUAAAUCCACCAAUGGAGCGCUCAAGUAUUGGCUUGCAUUUUCAGCAUCAGUAUCACCUCUUGGUUUCAGCACUUACGUAGUCUCAAGUGCAAAACAGACAGGUCCUAGUUCCACCAUUUCAAUGGUAUACACAUCAGAGGGAAGCACAGAUAAUACCAUAGAAGUGGGGCAAGGCAGUUUGAAGCUACUUUAUUCUGUAGAUGAAGGAAAACUUACUCAUUAUGUUAAUAGCAGAAAUCAGGUCACAGCAUUAGCUGAGCAAUCAUACAGUUAUUACUUCGGAAAUGAUGGAACCGAUAAAGAUCCUCAGGCUUCUGGGGCAUAUGUCUUCCGCCCGAAUGGUACAUUUCUGAUAAAACCUGACCAGGUUCCUUUAACUAUUUUCCGGGGUCCAGUAUUGGAUGAAGUACACCAACAAAUCAGCCCAUGGAUAUCUCAGAUUACCAGAGUAUUCAAGGGAAAGGAGCAUGCUGAAGUUGAGUUCAGUAUUGGGCCCAUACCUGUGGAUGAUGGGAUUGGGAAAGAAAUCACAACCCAGAUUAGAACAACAAUGAAGACCAAUAAGACAUUCUACACAGAUUCUAAUGGACGUGAUUUCAUCAAACGUGUUCGAGAUUUCAGGACAGACUGGGACCUGCAAGUGAACCAACCUGUAGCUGGAAAUUAUUUCCCGAUCAAUCUUGGAAUUUAUGUGCAAGAUAGCAGCAUGGAAUUCUCGGUAUUGGUGGACCGUUCAGUGGGAGGAACCAGCUUAGUGGAUGGCCAGAUAGAGCUGAUGCUCCAUAGGAGGUUGCUUCAUGAUGAUUCAAGAGGUGUCGGUGAGGCAUUAAAUGAAACAAUUUGUGUCUUAGACAAAUGCGAAGGUUUAACUAUCCAGGGGAAAUUUUAUCUCAGAAUUGAUCAUAUAGGAGAAGGUGCCAAGUGGCGUCGGACAGUGGGCCAGGAGAUAUACUCCCCACUUCUCUUGGCGUUUACAGAGCAGGAUGGAAAUAAUUGGAUAAAUUCCCAUGUAACUUCCUUCUCAGCGAUUGAUCCUUCCUAUGCUUUACCAAAUAACAUUGCAGUGAUAACUCUCCAGGAGCUUGAAAAUGGAAAAGUACUUCUUCGGCUGGCUCAUUUGUAUGAGAUUGGAGAGGACAAGGACUAUUCAAUGAUGGGGAGUGUGGAGAUGAAGAAGCUGUUUCCAAACAGGAAGAUAAAUAAAGUGACAGAGAUGAGUUUAUCAGCCAAUCAAGAAAGAGCUGAGAUGGAGAAUAAAAGGCUUGUCUGGAAAGUAGAAGGCCCUGCUGAAGAACCCAAGGUGGUAAGGGGAGGACCGGUUGACCCUGUAGAGCUAGUUGUGGAACUUGCCCCAAUGGAAAUCCGCACUUUCUUUAUCGACUUUGAUUACCUCAAAAUGUAUGGUUCCUGAAGCAGAAGCUUUGGCCUAUGUAUGGUUCCUGAGAGGAGAGGGAGAACAUGGAGAACAGAUCUUUUUUUUUUUUUUUGAGAAAUGAAAGCUUGGUUUUAUUUUCUACAUUA